AUGGCAAUAGACGCUGGAUCAGCAUGCCCGCGGGAAUCCAGAUGUGACUCGGAGCAAGACAGAAUCCGGGAUUUAGCGAGAUACUAUUGUACAUUUGAGCAAGAUCCACAAUCAACCAGCAGCCCUCGUCUCUCGCCCGACUCUACACUCACUGCACUCACGCAACUCGGAGUCUAUCGUUUUGGCUGCAAUCGAUCGUUUGUUUCUAUCAUUGACGGUGAACAACAACAUCUCAUCGCAGAAGCAACCGCCUCGGUGUCUUUGCGCAAUGCAGAUCAUCAUCUCCCAGAGGAUGGUAUAUACCUGGGCGUUCGGACGCUAGAUCUGGAAUGGGGUGUAUGCCCCCAUGCCAUACGUCUCUUCACAGGGCAGGACCCCUCACGAGUGACGGACACGGAAAAUAUAACUGCGAAUCGAACUCGAAACAUUAUUCGCGACUUUACCAUUGAGGAUUUUUACAAGGCCAGACCCUACGUCCUUGAGUGGCCAUACUUCCGUUUCUACGCCGAGGUUCCCUUAUAUAGCCCCUCUGGAUAUGUGCUUGGCUCAUACUGCGUGGUGGACAACAAAACGCGCACACAUUUUGGAGAUGAGGAAGUUGCUGCUCUUCAGGAGAUCGCAGAUGCCAUCUCCCAGCAUCUUGAGAAUGUUCGGGUCGCCCAUUACCACAACCGGGCCGACAACCUGGUGAAAGGAUUGACUAAUUUUGUCAAAGGCCAUGCGCAGUCUGACCUCCCGGAUCAUCUCAACCAACUUGCCGCUCCGGAAACGCUAAGUUUCCAUAACCUGAACUUUACAAGUAACGCUAUCAUUUCAAACUGUCCAGACACAUCGACUCAAAGUAAAUUUUCCAACAAUAAGUCAACAAUUGAUCGAUCGUCUUUGGCGACCAAAGAGGAGGGGACAUUUUCCCUUUUCUCAGAAACCAAAGAUUCAGAAAUGACACGGCCUUCGACCCAGCCCUCAUCACUUGAUCCGGCCUCACCGCAGUCCGCAGAAUUGUUAGGCCCUAACGAAUAUUUUGGCUCUGAGGACGCGCUGGAUGAUGUACCCAUUGCAGAACGUGUGGCUGCAAUAUUUUCUCGCGCCAGUGACCUGCUUAGAGGCUCGAUGGAUCUGGACGGCGUAGCAUUUCUCGAUGCACGUCAAGGGGAUUCAAAAUUCGACCUUGGCGAUGAUUUUGUGAAUGUGGAUUCUCCCGAUUUGGGGGACUCUGAGCCUAUAAACAGUCCACAACCUUGGCUACUUGACCACUCCGCCAAGAAGAUUCUCGAUACCAAAGAGAGAUUGUGUCGCCCUUUGGACUGCUUGACCACUGACUCUCCCAGUUCAAGGUCUGAUCUCACCCUUUCGGAAGAUUUUCUGCGUACAUUGAUACAAAAUUUCCCGAGCGGUCACAUUUUUGACCUCGACAAGGAAUCCUGCGAGUCGGAUACCAUUCAGCACAAGGUCUCUCGCCACCUUGCACAGCAGCUACCAGAAGCAAAGUCAAUCCUCUUCAUCCCGUUGUGGGAUUGGAACAAAUCGCAUUGGCUAGCAGGGACGCUAGUCUGGACACAGGAAACCAGCCGCCCUCUUGGUAUGGAGGAACUCCAUUAUUUCAAAGUUUUCGGUGACUCUAUCAUUUCUGAAGUGUCUCGGGUGCAUUGGACAGCGACCGAGAGAUCAAAAUUUGAUUUUGUAUCAUCCAUCAACCAUGAACUUCGCUCUCCAUUGCAUGGUAUACUUGGAAGUACCGAGCUGCUACAAACAAUGCACCUGGAGCCCUCCCAGCAUGAGAUGGUUAAGAUGAUAGACACUUCGGGCCUGGCCUUGCUAGACACUAUAGAUCACCUAUUGGAGUACUGCGGGAUCAACGAUUUGGCGACAGGAAAAAAAUCGGUCGAUAGCAGGGUUGAAAACAACACAGCCAUUCAAUGUUCCGAAUUCGAUCUGGCCGCAUUAGUCGAAGAAGUGGCCACUUUAUUUUGCAAUGAAAAACAAUCGCGGAUUGUCAACAGCCUCAAGGAUAGGUCAAUCGCAGCUGGAUCCGGAACCGAUGCGGAGAACCAACUCAAUAGCAGCAACAAUGAAGUUUCCGUGGUCAUAAGGGUUGAGCAGUCAGAUACCUGGACUGUGCGAUCAGCCUCCGGUGCAUGGAGAGGCAUUAUGCUUAAUCUUAUCGGUAACGCAAUGAAAUGGACUAAGGAAGGCUUAAUAGAGGUCACAUUGUCUGGGAAGACAUUGGAAACAGACAAAGAUUGUUCUCUUGCCCACCUGUGUGUCAAGGAUACUGGCAGUGGAAUCUCACGGGAAUACCUGAAGAACCAGCUAUUUUCUCCAUUCGCGAAAGAAGACUCCCUUUCGCCAGGAGUUGGCCUUGGCCUCAGCAUCGUGCGGAAGUUUGUUAAGUCCCUAGACGGUGAAAUUGACGUCAGAAGCGAGCAGGGUGCAGGCACCCAAGUUGACAUCUACAUACCCGUGAAACACAACAUAACACCCCAUUCUGCUGGAGCAGCAAAUGUUUCAUCACUUCCAAAACCGGCAACUCCACCAACCCCGGUCCGGGCAUGCCUUAUUGGAUUACACGGCCAACCGAACUUGAAUGAGAUACCGACUGGGAUUCUAACCGUCGAUGCGAAACGGAAACUAUCCAUUCAGAAUGCCCUUUUCGAUGUGUAUAUGACAAAAUUAGGGUGGGACCUAUCAUCGGCGAAAUCCCCCCUUCAGGAGCAUGGUGAUGUUGCGAUUAUCGAAGGAGCAGAUCUCUAUCAAAUGUUGUCUGAGGGACUCUUGUCGGCUUCGGAAAGCGAUAGUGUCUCGAAGUUUUUCAUCGUUCUGGAUGGAAAGACAUCGCCUGCAAUAGAUGACCUACCUGCAAAUUUCAUCCGCGUGUCGCAGCCAUUUGGACCCAAGUCUCUCCAUGAUGCCGCGGAAAGAUUUAUGAAGAUCUUCAAUAUGCGACUUCCACCAGCCGACGUGAAUCUUGCUCUGAUGUCCCCACCCAUAAUACAACAAAGCUUUGGAUGUGAACUCGCGACCACUAAUCUUGCCGAUCAGCCCAUUAUUGUUCCCCUGAUCGAGGAUCAAUCGAAAUCCCUAAAGGUCCUCAUUGUGGACGACAAUCCCAUCAAUCUCAAGAUCAUGUCCACAUUCAUCCGAAAAAUUGGAUGCCGCUACGAGACAGCUCUCAAUGGAUUAAUAGCUCUCGAAAAGUAUGAGAGUGCCGACCAACCAUACGAUUUUGUUUUGAUGGGUAAGCUUCAGAUAUCAAUUUGGGCCUCUUUCACUACGGUCGGUUUACUAAUACGAGCAGACAUAUCGAUGCCUGUGAUGGAUGGAUUGGAGGCAACCACAAGGAUACGCGAACACGAAAGGGAGAAAGGCCUCCAGUCAUCGUGGAUCAUCGCGAUUACGGCUGUUGCUUCAAAUGAUAUACAAGAAGCUGCGCUCAAAGCUGGGGUCAAUGAUUACCUCAUCAAACCGCUAUCUCUUGAUAAACUCCGCGAACUAAUACACGCAUGA